UUUGAGAAUGUAAAGAAAUUAGAUCUCCCUCCGUCCCAAUUUGAUGGUCUCAUAUUUUCUCUCCGGAUCGUCUCAAAUUGAUAGUCGCAUUUCCCUUUUUGGAAAGAAAGAUGUGGUCCACAUCGGUUCACCUUUUUCUACUCAAAUCUCGAUCAACAGUAAACGUGCUCUAUUAUACGUGAGUGUGAGGUUCACGUAAUAUUCAACACAAACCUGUGUAUAUAAGAAAACACACUUUCCAAUUAAUUUAUCUAAUUCGCACGUCUCAUCAAUUCAAGGAAACUCUCUCAAGAAUUUCCUUAGGUCUUUCUUCCGUAUCUGGUCUAUUCGUUCGUCUCUUCAAUUCUACAAAAUUUGAUUGCCCAAGUGGUUUGAGAAGAGGAGGAAGGCUCAGACAAAAGUUCAGUGCUGAAAAUCGUGAAUUAAUCUGUGGAAUGAUCUAAUGGAGUCUAAAAGUGGGAAAAAGAAGUCUAGCAGUAGCAAAUCCUUGUUCUACGAAGCUCCUCUCGGUUACACUAUUGAAGACGUUCGACCAAACGGUGGAAUUAAGAAGUUCAGAUCUGCUGCUUACUCCAACUGCGCACGCAAGCCAUCCUGAGAUUCCCUGUGCUUCUUGAUCAUAACCACCCUUACUGGUGGAGUUAUAGUGUAACUAGAUCCUAUUACCUGCUCUGUCAUACUCUUUUUCUUCACUCGUCCUAGUUAAUCCCCUCUCUGCGCAAUCAAUCUACUGAGUCAACUUUUAAGUCCAAAUGGCAUCUACAGCAUCUGCAAUUGGGUUUGAAGGCUAUGAAAAGAGGCUUGAGAUCUCAUUUUAUGAGUCUGGAGAAUUUGCUGGCCCUAGAGGUCAAGACUUGCGAGGUCUUCGCAAAGAACAAUUAGAUGAAGUUCUAAAACCUGCUCAGUGCACUAUUGUCUCAUCAUUAGCCAAUGACUAUGUUGAUUCAUAUGUUCUAUCUGAGUCUAGCCUCUUUGUUUACGCAUACAAGAUUAUCAUUAAAACAUGUGGCACCACAAAGCUCUUGCUCUCUAUUCCACCCAUCCUAGAUUUGGCCCUUGGGCUCGGCCUCAAAGUGAAAUCUGUUAAAUAUACUCGUGGUAGCUUCAUCUUUCCCGAGGUUCAACCAUUCCCUCAUCGUUGUUUCUCCGAAGAAGUCACCAUUCUCGAUGGGUAUUUUGGUAAACUUGGUUCUGGAAGCAAAGCAUAUGUGAUGGGUGGUUUUGGUACACAGAAGCAAUGGCAUGUGUACUCUGCAUCUUCUGAAUCUGAAGAAAACAAGCUGUUGCCAGUCUAUACUUUGGAGAUGUGCAUGACUGGGUUGAACAAGAAGAGAUCCUCUGUGUUUUUCAAGACACAAUCAAACUCUGCUAUGGAUAUGACUGAAAUGUCUGGAAUCCGGAAGAUUCUCCCUGGAUCGGAUAUAUGCGACUUUGAUUUUGACCCUUGUGGGUACUCCAUGAAUGCCAUUGAGGGAGGGGCGAUUUCGACAAUUCAUGUGACUCCGGAAGAUGGAUUCAGCUAUGCAAGUUUUGAAGCGAUGGGUUACGACUUCAAAGAUGUUGUCAAGUUGGAUGAUCUCAUUGAGAGGGUGUUGGCCUGCUUCCGACCUGCUGAGUUUUCUGUUGCUUUGCAUAGUGAUGCCCUUGGAGAGAAGCUUGAUUCAGUUUUCAAUAUUGAUGUGAAUGGAUAUGUCUGUGGUGAGAGGAGCUAUGAAGUUCUCGGAAAGGGAGGAUCAAUAAUGUACUGUGGGUUCACUAGCAUUGGAAGUGGCGGAUGUGGGUCUCCCAGGUCGACCCUUCUCAGUUGUUGGAGCGAGAAUGAGGACGAUGAAGGAGGGAUGAAUCCUUCAAAGUAAUAAAGUUGUUAUCAACUCUCUCUUCUUAAGUACUAUGUUGUCGAGUCUGACUUUUAUUUCCUAUCAUUUCUACUUAUUUGGAGUCUGGUGUGUCUGUUUUUGUUGUCCAUGUGAUUUGGUAAACUUAAGUUAAUGAAUAACUUCUAUGGCCUAUUUGUAAUCGCAUUAAUAUUGUUUGAUAUACCAUCUAUGGCUUCCUGCAUUUGCUGCGUUUGCACUCUUAUAAGC